UCCCCCCCCCGCUCCCGCUCCCGCCCCGGGGCCGCUCGGGGCCGCUCGGGGGCGCUCGGGGGCGGUCGGAGGCGGCGGCAGCGCCGCGGGGCUGCGCUCGGCAGCGCCCGAGCCGGAGCCGAGCCGGGCCGAGUCGUUCCGAAUUAUACCGAGCCGGUUCGUGCCGUUCCGGUCCCUACCGAGACCUUCCGAACCGGGCUGUACCGAGCCGUACCGAGCCAUACCGAGCUCUAACCGGGCCGUACCGAGCCCAGCGCCCGCCCCGCCGCCGCCUCCUCUCCCUUCCACCAUCCAGCCAGUAAUUUUCCAAGCCCGGCCGGCGCUUCCCGGUGGAGCUGCCCGCGGAUCGGCGGGGCCAUGGGAGACAAAGGCACCCGGGUGUUCAAGAAAGCCAGUCCCAACGGGAAGCUCACUGUCUACCUGGGCAAGAGGGACUUUGUGGACCACAUCGACGUGGUGGACCCCGUGGAUGGGGUGGUGCUGGUGGACCCCGAGUACCUGAAGGAGAGGAAAGUGUUCGUGACGCUGACCUGCGCCUUCCGCUAUGGGCGCGAGGACCUGGACGUGCUGGGGCUGACGUUCCGCAAGGACCUGUUUGUGGCCAACGCUCAGGCCUUCCCCCCCCUGCCCGAGGAGAAGAAGCCACUGACGCGGCUGCAGGAGCGGCUCAUCAAGAAGCUGGGCGAGCACGCCUACCCCUUCACCUUCGAGAUCCCCCCCAACCUGCCCUGCUCCGUCACGCUGCAGCCGGGCCCCGAGGACACGGGGAAGGCCUGUGGUGUGGACUAUGAGGUCAAAGCUUUCUGUGCCGAGAACCUGGAGGAGAAGAUCCACAAGAGGAACUCGGUGCGCUUGGUCAUCAGGAAGGUGCAGUACGCGCCCGAGCGGCCCGGCCCCCAGCCCAUGGCGGAGACCACGCGGCAGUUCCUCAUGUCGGACAAACCGCUGCACCUCGAGGCCUCCCUGGACAAGGAGAUCUACUACCAUGGAGAACCCAUCAGCGUCAACGUCCACGUCACCAACAACACCAACAAGACGGUGAAGAAGAUCAAGAUCUCAGUGCGCCAGUACGCGGACAUCUGCCUCUUCAACACCGCCCAGUACAAGUGCCCGGUGGCCGUGGAGGACGCGGAUGACAUGGUGGCCCCGAGCUCGACGUUCUGCAAGGUCUACACCCUGACCCCGUUCCUGGCCAACAACCGGGAGAAGCGGGGCCUGGCGCUGGACGGGAAGCUCAAGCACGAGGACACCAACCUGGCCUCCAGCACCCUGUUAAGAGAUGGAGCCAACAAGGAGAUCCUGGGCAUUAUUGUCUCCUACAAGGUGAAGGUGAAGCUGGUGGUGUCACGAGGAGGGCUGCUGGGAGACCUCGCCUCCAGUGAUGUUGCGGUGGAGCUGCCCUUCACCCUGAUGCAUCCCAAACCCAAGGAGGAACCAGCGCAUCGGGACGUUCCAGAGAACGAAGCCCCCAUAGAUACGAACCUGAUAGAGCUGGACACAAACGACGACGACAUCGUCUUCGAAGACUUCGCCCGCCAGCGACUCAAGGGCAUGAAGGACGACAAGGAGGACGAGGAGGAGCGGACGAACUCCCCGCAGCUCAAUGACAGAUAAGCCACCACCACACGUGUCCCCGCUGCCACCGCCGGGGGGGACAUCCGGCUGCUUCUCCUUUUGUAUGAUGAUGGAGUUUGGUUUCUACCUGUACCGGAGGCUCCGGCUUCGCCCGCUGGUCACAGCAAUUAUAACCCUCCAGCUGUGCCACUGGUGUUGUCACUUCAUCCAGCUGCCAAAGCCACUGCAGGGCACGGCCGGAGGGGUACUGGAAGCACUGGGGGGGCUGCAGCCCUUCCAUCAGCACCCCCUUUUCCCCAUCCAUCCAUGCAUCCAUCCAUCCCCGCGUCCCCUUUCCUGUGAGCUGCCUCUUUUAUGUGUUUUCUAUCCAAGUCCAGUCUCGACACCAGUUUGUAAUGGGGAGGAUGGGGUGGGGGGUGCAGCAGAUUUGGGGGGGGGUUGGGUCUUUUCUAGGCAGCCUGCUCAUGGGAAAGGGCACCCACACACUUGGGGUGUCCCCUCCUGCCUGGCCCUGCUGCAUGUGGGAUGCACCAGCCUGGCUUUGCCCCGUGGACCCCCUGCCCUUGGCCUGAGCCUGCAAAGGGAGGCAGCAGGAUGGGUCUUAUCCCCAAAUCCUCCUAAAGCAGCCAAUCCCAAGGGGGUUCUUCAUCAGAUCCUGUGGGAUUUACACCAGUGUAGCCUCCCUGGAGGGAUGGAGCUUGGAGCUGUGGGUUGCCAGGGCAGGGAAGCGCAUCCCACAUGGAUCCAUGCCAUCAGCCACGCGAUGCUCGCGCUGGGAGAGGCUGCAAAUGCCCCUUCCAAGCCUCAGCAGGGUCUUGGUGGAACCACCUUGUUCCCAGUGGGGUUCCACUGGGGAUGGUUCCCCCAUUCCCAAGCUGCCAAGCUCCCCUGGUCCAUGUUUCCCCCUGUCUGUGCCUGCAUGGGGUCAAGCACCUAUUUGGGGAUGGGGAGGGAAGGGGCACACAGCAUUUGCCACCUUAACCAGUGUGUCACCGGGUGCUUGUGCCCAUCGUUGCUGGGAACCAGCACCCAUCCCACCCCAUGGACCCUCACCAGGGUCUUGGGUCUCCCACCACCGACCAAGAGACCAUUCCCAUUAUUUAUUGUGCCGUUGCGGUCAGCGUUGGCAUCGGAGAGCAAUCCCUGGGGAUGGCUCCAUCCCUCUGGAUGUGGGUGGGUGGGGGGCAGAGUUGAGCUCCCCCCCUGUGAUUUUUUUGGGGUAAAGCUGAUGGGCAGCGUGGUACUUCUUUUGUAAGUGGUUCCUUUGUACUGUUCUGGGUAACUGCUCCUCGGGCCCUCCACGUCUCUGUGAUGUUUCUGUGUCUGUCAAAUAAAUUAUUCUAGUUUAUUAAACUCAGAAGGACAAAAGAAAUAGAAUAAAGAAACAGUCCCAGUG